GACUGUGGGGGGUAGUGAAACCUGUGUUCGAAAGUUUUUGUGAAGUAUGUCACAUUCCAAGGGAAAAUUCAAGCAAAUCUAAUGGUGGUUCUGUGUGUUUUCGUCCUAGAGUGUGUUUUGCAAGUGAAGCCCACAAAAUGCUUGGUUUUUAUGUUACAUGUCUUGUAAUCACCUAUGUCAACUGUCAAAACAAACAACUAUUCGCAACCCAUUAUGUUGCAUUCAUCAAACUAUUCUGGUGCUCAUUGAGAGGUUAAGCUCAUGAAACUUCAUUUGUAAAGGAUACUUCCCGUUGAGGAAUGUCACCAAAGAUGCAAAUCCUAUGGCGCCAACUGUAACCACAGCCAUUUCAACAAUUGUAAUCUCUACUUAGCCUACCAACAGACAUAGACAUGUACCUCAAUACAAUUUCUAUUGGACUGCCAUCUCUUUGCUGUCUGCUGCCUAUGUGCUGGCCCUACAGUAUUUCUAGCCAUUGGACAACAGAAAACAAAGCCUUUUUCCUCUUCUCCGCGCCCGUCUUCACGUCUUCGCCUUGCCCGUCGUCCCGUCUUCGCCACGCCCGUCGUCCCGUCUUCGCCUCGCCCGUCGUCCCGUCUUCGCCUCGCCCGUCGUCCCGUCUUCGCCUCGCCCGUCGUCCCGUCUUCGCCUCGCCCGUCGUCCCGUCUUCGCCUCGCCCGUCGUCCCGUCUUCGCCUCGCCCGUCGUCCCGUCUUCGCCUCGCCCGUCGUCCCGUCUUCGCCUCGCCCGUCGUCCCGUCUUCGCCUCGCCCGUCGUCCCGUCUUCGCCUCGCCCGUCGUCCCGUCUUCGCCUCGCCCGUCGUCCCGUCUUCGCCUCGCCCGUCGUCCCGUCUACGACUCGCCGGUCAUCCCUUCUUCGCCUCGUGGUCACCCCGCCUUCGCCUCGCCCGCCAUCCCGUCUUUGCUUCGUGGUAGCCGCGUCUUCGCCUCGUCGUUUUGGUAUUGUGUGUGUUUUGCAAUGUUUAUUCUUAACUAACCCGUUGGCUGCCACCCACCUUUUAUCCCCUUUUUUUUGUAGCUUGACAGGGACGGGCCGCGCUGUUCUGCUCCAUGGCUAUCUGCUAUGAAGUGGAGCAGCGCCACUGCCCAAGAUUGGCCGAAUGGCCCCAAAGGCAAUGCACCAUAGGGACUUUCCCUUGAUCGAUGCGAUAGAUGAGACCUGGGGUGUGCAUUCCCGUAAAGGUCUCAUCAUCGUAUCAGCCCGGCCUACCCGGCCCCCUUGGUCGCUAUCCCUAUGAUAGCGACGUAGCGACCGUAGUUAAGAUGGCGUGGCAGCCAACGGGUUAGUUUUAAGUGUAUAUAUGUAUGUAUUGUAUGUUGUAUUAUGUGG